AUGGGAAAGAAGGAUGCCAAGAAGGUGAAGAAGAAAUCCAAGAAGGACAAGAAGAAGAAGUCCAAGAAGGCGAAUAAGAAGAGCUCAUCCUCAAGUGAGGAGGCCUCCAGUUCGCCCCAGCCGCCUGACGGAAGACCGAUGCUGGCCUCUGGCAUUGCCCAAGAGCUGCGAGCUGCGCUGCUGAGGAAACAAGCGGGCGAAGCUGCGGAGCUGUCCGCCCAGCGCGACGAUGCGCUGGGGCGCCGCGAUGCACGGGCGCUGGCCGUGGCGCGUCCAGUGGCGCUUGCAGGGGAGCAACUCAGCGAAGCCGAGCGGGCUGAACGUGAAGCCUUGCAGAAAGAGGCCGAGGAUCUCCUGAAGCACCACCGCGAGAUGCGUUUGAAGUCUUCAGCUCCAUAG